AUGCCAAGAGGAACAGAACCAACAGCAGAAGAAUGCCGGCAAAUCAUUGGCAUGCACCGUGCAGAAGCCUCAUUUCGACGCAUUUCAGCAUUAAUAGGAAAAUCAAAAGAUUGUGUCGCAAAUGUGGUUAAUAGAUGGAAAGAAACAGGUGAUCUAUUGCCAAAAAAACGUACAGGAAGAAAUCCAAUAAUUGGCAAUAUGGAUCUACCACGUGUAGAACUUUUGGCAUCAAGUAACCGGGAAAGUUCGUUAGAACAAUUAACAGAAACCUGGAACAAAAAUAAUACAGAUCUUCAGGUUUCUUCAAAAACAUUUCGACGUUACUUACAUGGCUUAAAUAUACGAAAACGAAAUCCUUGA